AUGUCUAGUCAUAUCAAAUUUGCAGAGCCAACCUCGAACCAAGCCAAUAAAGACCACGCUAGGGGGCGCAACCAAGAAAAGGGGCCGGCACAGAGAGCACCGUCUCCAGGAAGUGAAAUCGUUUACCCGACAGGAUGGAGACUGGUGCUUACCACCACAGGACUCUUGAUUGGAUUUUUUCUCUCUAAUUUGGAUGUCACAAUUGUAAGCUCGGCUCUCACGAGUAUCACAGAUGACCUAGAAGGCUUCGAGAAGAGAAGCUGGAUUAUUACUGGAUAUCUGGCCACCUACACAGGGUCUAUGGCAAUAUGGACGAAAAUCAGCGAUAUAGUUGGCAGGAAACAAACCACAAUCGCUUCUCUUGUUAUUCUACUCGCGUUUUCUAUUGGGUGUGGGUGUGCUCAUACAGUUGACCAACUCAUAAUAUUCCGAGCACUUCAAGGAAUUGGAGGUGCUGGUGCAUAUGCAUUGACAACCCUAUGCAUCUACGAGAUAGCUCCUAAAUCGAAGCUUCCAACCUACAGCGGUCUCAUGUCAUUUUGCCUUAUUUUUGCGUCUCUGAUAGGCCCAAUAAUCGGAGGCGCUCUUGCAGAAGGCUCAACAUGGCGGUGGACUUUCCUCGUCAAUGCACCAUUGUGCUUUAUUGCGAUCGUUGUUAUCAUCGUUGCAAUGCCUAAAAAUUUUGGCCUUGACCAGCACACUCCUUCAUUUCGAACACGAGCCUCAUAUCGCUCAUUUGCUAAUCUGGAUAUAAUUGGGUCGCUUUUGAUGAUGGCUGGCUCAUUUCUAAUAGUCGCUGUCUUGAACGAAACCAACCUGGCAUUCUCAUGGUCCUCGAGGGAUGCAAUUGCGCUCCUUGUGCUUACUGGUCUUGCCUGGAUUGCUUUCUUUGUCUGGGAAUGGUACAUCUCGGGCAUACCAGGCAAAGACCCAAUAUUUCCCAAGCGUUGGCUUUUUGAUCGUCCAUGGAUAGGAAUUCUCAUUUCUUCGUUUGUCAUCGGCGCACCAUACAAUGUUGUCCUAGUAUAUGUUCCACAGCAAGCCCAGCUUCUGUUAGACAAGUCGCCUUUGGAUGCUGGUAUUUAUUUGAUUGGGUAUUCUGCUGUUGCGGCAAUUUCAGCGGCCGUUGUCAACAUUGCUAGCUCUAGAGGACGCAUCCCGUUUAUUUAUACCCUGCUCGUGGGAUGUACAGUUCACACUGUUGGUAUUGGGCUUCUCUCAACCAUUGCCACCUCUAGGGGCUUUCACGCAACAGAUAUUGGCUACCUAGUCAUUGCUGGGACGGGAAUGGGUCUGACAAUGGGCAUCUUGGUGCUGUCGACACCAUAUAUAGUCGAAGACAGAGACCUGGCAAUUGCCACUGGCACAGUGGUUCAAAUCCGUUUCCUUGGCGGUGCUAUUGGUCUUGCCAUUGCAUCUAAUAUAUUAAACGGCCGUCUAGCGCAGCGUUUGCAGGGUGUUGUGACGUCGCACGAACUGCACUUACUCCUUGAGAAUGUGAGAUCGAUAAAGUCUCUAUCUCCCCAUCUACAGGCGGAUGUGAAGAAUGUUUUCGCUAGUAGUUUUAAUACGCAGCUGAUUGUCAUGAUCGGAUUUGCGGCUGCUCAGCUCCCAGCGACUCUACUACUGCUAAAGGGAGGCCGGCAGCUCGCGGCCAACAAACACUCAGGCAAACUUCGGGUUUCCGAGCUGUUCUUCGACGUCCCUGUGGACUACAGCAAGCCCACUGGGGAUACACUGAGGCUCUUUGCACGAAGUGUCAGUCGAUUGAAUAAACCUAUUGAGCCUACUAAAGAAGAGGGCAAGGAAGCUAAAGAAGGCAAGCUUCCUUGGCUGGUCUACCUGCAAGGUGGCCCUGGCUUUGGAUGUGGUGCCCCGCAGUCUUACCCCUGGGUUGAAUUCAUGCUCAGCAAGGGUUAUCAAGUACUCUUUUUGGAUCAACGAGGCACUGGCCUCAGCUCGACCCUCACAGCGGGAACCCUUGCCCGUCAGGGAGAUGCAAUCAAACAGGCCGAAUAUCUCAAGAACUUCCGUGCAGACAGCAUUGUCCGUGAUUGCGAAGCCAUUCGUAAUAUUUUGACACAGGACUAUCCGGCUGACCAGCGCCGGUGGAGUAUCCUUGGGCAAAGUUUCGGUGGCUUCUGUGCCGUGACUUACCUGUCAAAGUUCCCGGAGGGACUGAGAGAAGCUUUCCUUACUGGUGGCCUUCCCCCUCUUAUCAACGGGCCCGAUCCUGUCUAUGCCAAGACCUAUGCGAAGGUCAAGGAGAGGAACGAGGCUUACUACGAGAAAUACCCUGAGGAUGUGGACCGUGUCAAGAAUAUUAUGCAAUACCUGACCGAAAACAAGGUUGCAUUGCCAUCCGGAUUGCUCACUGCAGCUCGCUUCCAGCAACUGGGCAUUUUGCUUGGGUUUCACGGUGGUUUGGACAGUCUACACGACAUUGUUGUCAGAGUGAUUAAUGAUUUGGAGAUGUUCGGAUUCCUUACUCUGCCAACUCUUUCUGUGAUUGACGGCAAUGGAGGUAUGGACAAGAACAUCAUUUAUGCAAUCCUGCAUGAAUCAAUCUAUUGCCAAGGAAAGCCAUCCCUCUGGGCUGCAGACAGGUUGCGCGCCAGCAACCCACAAUUCUCGAUCGAUGACUCGCUGCCUGAGAUUUACUUCACCGGCGAGAUGGUCUUCAAGGAUAUGUUCGAGUCCUACUCGGAACUUUCAGAGCUCAAGGAAGCAGCUGAAAUCCUAGCUACAACAGACGAAUGGCCGGCCCUAUACGACGAGGCUCAACUAGCCAAAAAUGAGGUGCCGGUCUAUGCUGCAACCUACAUUGAUGAUAUGUAUGUCCACUUUGACCUGGCCACAGCCACUGCUGCCAAGAUCAAGAACUCCAAGCAGUUCAUCACCAACACCAUGUAUCACGAUGCGCUGCGCAGCAAGUCGGGUGAGAUCAUGCGCCAACUCUUCAACCUGAGAGAGGACACGAUUGAUUAA